AUGGGAGCAGUGCUACGAGCUGCUGGAGCCGAACAUGCCGCUGAUGUCGACUUAUUUUCACUGGUGAAUAUACUUACAGUGGCGAUGGUUGGUACAAGACCUACCGCUCAUCGAAUGGGCCUUAUGGCAAAGUAAGU